UCUUAGACUUAUGUAAUGCAUUCUAUAAGGCAGCCUAUGGAGAUAAUGGUUUUGUAAGUGUGCAGACUGAUGGUGUUGUCUGAGCGUGGCCGUCCUGUCCCUCCUCCCCACUGCUCACUCUCCAGGUUGUAGGUGGGAUGCUCUCAGUAGAACAGCAGAGUCUGUGCUUCGCGCUGCGCUCGGACGCUGCGUCCACCACGAUGCGCCUUCUGCCGUUGCCGUGCGUCGUCUCGCUCCUGCAAAAGGGGACAAAGUAGCGGGUUCCGUUGGAGUGCGUCGCCUCCUCUGCGCUGCCUCUCCAAAAACGCGCCCUUCUGUCGGCGGCAGCUUCAAAGGGGAAUCAAAGCGAGCAGACAGAGGCGACGGCAAACUCUCUCCAGGCGCGUGCCAACAGGUGUUCCCAUCCUAUGGCUGCGCGCGCGAGCGGGACGCGUGCGGCCGUGUAGGAUGGUGCGAAAUCGCUUACACGCACAGGGUUUGCGCGCGUUUGUGCUGAUGCCGGGAAAAUGAUGGGGACGGGGCAACAUGCGACGAGCUGUGGUGAAAAUCUGCGCACAGCUUCACGGAGCAACGCGCGCUUUGGCAAGUUUUACUUUUUCCCCUCGGAGGAACAGCGGGCGAUUCCAGAGUAGCGAACGAUGAAUCGUUUGGUUCUCUAACUGGCUUUUUUUGCGCAACUUGGACCGUUUCAUUGCCUCUUUCAUAACGCCCCUGCGCACAUUCUUUGCUGCUGACCGAGCCGCGUCAGCUGCUUCCUUGUGCCUGGACACCUGUCCCCCAUCCGGAAUCCAGUCGUCUGGAUUCGAAGGGAGCGAGAGUCUCCCUGCGCUUCUCGGGAAGUUGUUUCCCGGAGAGCUGCCAAACUGGCCAUGGCCGCGGCGAUCGCCAGCUCCCUCAUCAGGCAGAAGAGGCAGGCGAGGGAGCGGGAGAAGUCGAAUGCCUGCCGCUGCGUGAGCAGCCCGAGCAAAACCAAGGGGAGCUGUGAGAAGCCCAGCCGACUCAACGUCUUCUCCCGGGUCAAACUCUUUGGCUCCAAGAAGAGGAGACGGAGACGACCAGAGCCCCAGCUGAAGGGGAUUGUGACAAAGCUGUACAGUCGACAAGGGUUCCACCUGCAGCUGCAGGCAGAUGGAACCAUCGAUGGAACAAAGGAAGAGGACAACGGAUACACCAUGUUCAACCUUAUUCCAGUGGGGCUGCGAGUGGUGGCCAUUCAGGGGGUGCAGACCAAACUCUAUCUGGCUAUGAACAGCGAGGGCUACCUGUACACAUCAGAACAUUUCACACCGGAGUGCAAAUUCAAAGAGUCAGUGUUCGAGAAUUACUAUGUGACAUACUCCUCCAUGACAUACCGGCAGCAGCAGUCGGGCAGGGGCUGGUACCUCGGUCUGAACAAGGAAGGAGAAAUCAUGAAGGGGAACCAUGUCAAGAAGAACAAGCCAGCAGCCCACUUCCUCCCCAAACCUCUAAAAGUGGCCAUGUACAGAGAGCCGUCCCUCCACGACUUGACGGAGUUCUCCCGCUCCGGCAGCGGCACGCCCACCAAGAGCCGGAGCGCCUCGGCCGUGCUCAACGGCGGCAAAGCCGUGAGCCAGAACGAGUCCACGUAGCCCGGCCGCCGCCGCCGCCGCCGCCCGGGCCCCGGGGCCCGACCCGAGACCUUACCUCCAGCAGAGCGCCAACCCAAGCAGACUUCUCUCACCCAUCAGCGGUUCAGGACUCGCUCCCACAACAACCCACCCAAGUUCCAUCGCCAUGAAAAUCAUUUAGGCGCCACCACCAUAGUUGAUCGCUGCUUCCAUCCCCAAAAGUUAGACACACGUUAAACACUCCGUUUUGGGCUUUAGAUUAAUUUACAUCCUCAGCUCAUCCUUACGCGAUUUCAUUUUCCUGGUUCCUGUGAACAGUAACUUUUCUUAGGCCAUGUAGACGCCAAGCCUUCGUGCAUCUGUCAGACGGGGGGAGGAUGCUGGGACAUGUAGGCGUUCAGGGCAGUCGGUCAUGGUGCUGGUCUGCGAGGCUGCAGUGGUUCAGUACAAGCCCUGAUCUCUGUCUUAUCCAUGUUUCUGUGAAUACAAAGCCUAUAAACUCCCUGGCGAAGGCCCGGCCCGGAGCUGCUGGGCCUGUGGCCAGCCAGACGGUAGCUCUCCUGCGUCCUAGUGCACACGCUCAGAGACUGAGCUUUCUAGCAUGGGGGAAAUGAAGCCUAUGUUCAGCUGACCAGAAAUAUAAGGGUCAGUGUGGCUCUCUUGCAGUUUUUUUUCCGUUUCUGAGCGGCCACAGCUGCGCCUCGGUUUUGAUAAUUUUCUGAAAUUAGCUGAGAGCUUUUUAUUUCUUUACUGAUCUUGUUUUAGCCCCCUCUUGUUCUCUUCCUGUUGCCAUUGUUCGGUAUUUGUUUUUUCCGUGUUUCACAUCGAAAGGAGUUCCAGCAAACCAAAGACAGAACGACAGAGUGUCCCUUUAAGCCACUGAAAACCAUGCCAGUAUAAAUGCAAAGCUGGAUUUUUUUUUAUUGUACAUUUUUGAUGGAAGGUUUCAUGAGAAAAGGGAAACAAUGGACAAAGGAAGUGAUUAAGUGACUUUGGAGGUAGCAGCGCGUUUGAUGUUGUGCUUUUGCUGAUGUGCUCGACGGCAGAUCGGAACGUAACCCGGUGUCCCCAUUCCCUUCUGUUACCACUGUGUUCAUAAUGUCUCCGUCUCUUGUCCUCGUGAUAUGUUGCUGCCCUCCCCGUCAGUCUUUUCUGUCAACAUCAACCCACCGAUACAGUUCACCAUACAAUCAUGGUGUCCCUUCCCAGGAUGCUUGUUGUGUUUGAGUAACUUAUUGUGGUGACGAUAUUUUCUAUAUUAAAAAAAAAAAACAAUACUGUGGACUUUUAGGUGGCUUACGAUUUUAUAGGACACGUCAUAUUUGUAAAAGUAACAAAAGGAAAAAAAAACAACCCAAAACUUAAAUCUUCCCUCUCUUGCACAGGGCAUGUACUAUUAUGUACAAACAGGACCCUUUUUGUGGGCUAUGUACUCUUCCUUUCAGCUACGUAACUUCUUUCUGGUACAUGCUUUUGGGAGGUUUUCUUUUCUCGGUUUCCUCCGGAAGGUGGUUUGUAUUAGGUGAACCUAUCUGUUGCAUGGGAGAAAGCAGGGACAUUCUGGUCUAGAGCUGCAUGACGUAGGCUAUGUGUAUUAACCCAUGUUGGAUCAUGUGUUCCAAACUACCAGGCUAAAUCUGAUAAAACAACAUAUACAGGCAGACAUUGUGGCUGUCUGGAAACUUCCAGUUGUUUAUUAUUUGUUGUAUACACAAAAAUGCACUGAAUAAAAUGUUUAUAUUAAGAUAUA